GGAGUGCACUGCAGUAAACGGUUGACCUGUACCAGCGCAAGAUGUUGAUUCUUUUCGCGAUAAUAGUGGCGUUGCUGCUGCUGCUAGACUAUGUCAAAAAGCAUCAGUUGAACAAGUUUGCUCGUGCCAUCCCCACAAUGCAUCCCUGCUACCCACUGCUUGGGAACUCGCUUAUGUUCCUGGGGAAAAAUGAACGGCAACGCUUCGAAAAUUUGAAAACCACCUUCCGAGAGAUUGAUCGAAUGUCGAAGGCAUGGAUGGGGCCGCAAUUAGUGUUUGGCGUGAACCACCCCGAGCUAGUGCAAAAGAUUCUCACCGACCCGAAUUGCUGCGAGAAACCAUUCUAUUACGACUUUGUCAAUAUGGAGCACGGACUGUUUUCUGCAAAAUAUCAAUUGUGGAAGCCAUACCGGAAAUCGUUAAACUCUACCUUCAACAUAAAAAUUUUGCACAGUUUCAUUCCAAUAUUCGAGAAAUGCGCACGGGCGAUGGUAGCUAGAAUGAUGCGUCGCCCGAUGGGAGUACCUGUGGAUAUUCUGGAGUUCACCUCCGAGUGUACACUGGAAAUGGUCUGUGGUACCACCCUGGGAACCGAAGCACUGCAUGGUGAUGGGAAAAAAGAAUUUCUUCAGAAUUUGAGAGUGUUAUUCAGCCGAGUCGCAACUAGGGUCCUUAGUGCUGGAAUUUAUAGUGAUUUGGUCUAUAGAAUGACCAAGGGUUACUACGAGGAAGCUCGCGCCAGGAAGUUCUGCAUGAAUUUCGCGUAUAAACUUAUUGAAGAAAGACGAACUGCCCUGGAGGGCCAAACCAGUAGCAAAGAUUCCGAAGAUGGCUUCGAGAGUCGUGUGCCAAAAAUAUUUAUCGACCAGGUCUUGUCAACGGUGAACUUCGAAACAGAGUUCAAUGUGCAAAAUUUGAGCGAGCAGAUCUUAACCAUCAUUGCGGCGGGUCACGAUACUUCAGCGCAAAUGGUUGCCCACACAUGUUUGUUUCUAGCAAUGUUUCCGGAUCUGCAGGAGCAGCUAUUCGCAGAGAUCGAGGAAAACCUGACGGCGUCUGAGACGGACAUUGAAGCUGACUCUAUCAAAAAUCUUCCGUUUUUGGACAAAGUAAUUAAAGAAAGCAUGAGACUGGCCCCGGUAGGACCAAUCAUAGCACGAACCAACUUAGUUGAUAUCGAGCUGGAUGGCUACCGCAUUCCGAGGGGUAAUAUUUUCGUGUUCAAUUUUUACAUGCUGCAUCGUCGAAAAGACGUUUGGGGACCAAACGCGGAACAGUUUGAUCCGGAGAAUUUCUCCCCAGAACGGUCGGUGGGUAGGCAUCCGUUCGCCUUUUUGCCUUUCAGUGGAGGUUCCAGAAACUGCAUCGGUGCCCGGUACGCGAUGUUCAGCACCAAAAUAAUGACGAUUCACAUCGUACGGAACUUUCGACUGACCACCGAUAUACAGUAUAAAGAUUUACAGUAUUUGUUGGAUAUUACGCUGAAUCUGGCAUUUAAACAUUUGAUCAGUCUAGAAAGAAGAAAAUGACCGUCAAUUUGAACAAAUGAGAUUCUCUUU